AUGCACCGCCUGUGGAAUCGCGCCAAGCCGCCGCCGGCGCCGCAGGUCGUGCGAGACGACGAUCACGUCUACCCGACGUACGGCGGCGAGGUGCCGGCGCUGACUGAGCGGCAUGCGCGAUCACGCCGCGAAGAGAGCGCGCCUUGGGACGACCGCCCGCGGCCGCGUUUCUCGUUUCUGCGGCGGCACGGCGAGGGGGAGGCGAGUGACGGCGGUCCGAGCCGCGCGCUGCUGCAUGGUGUGCUUGCGACGCAGAAGCGUACGAUGCGCGAUACAGAUGCAGUGGCGCAGGACGUCAUGGCCUUUUGCUUCGCGCAGCCCUCGUACAUGGACAGGGAGUAUGCGUAUGAGCUGCUGGAGAUGGUGGAUGCAUCGGAUGCGCAUGCGAAGACGGCGAUGGCGGUGCUUCGGCGCAUUCUGACGUGCGGCGUGUGGAUGGCGCAGUGCCGCGCGAUGCGCGCGUGGGGCAUGUGGACGAUGCAGAGUCAGGGCGCGUGGGCGGCGCAUGCGAUGCAGGCCAAGUUCUUUGCUGCGGUAGAGGAGGUGUGGGACGCUGCGGUCCCGCCGCUGCGGCGCGACCUGUAUCGUGUGCUGGCGGCGGUCGUGUACGAGGCGCCGCCGGACAAGUCGCAGCGCCUUGCGAAGCUGUGGGCGAGGAUCCGGCCGGCAGGCCGGGCCGAGGCGGGUGAGCCGCUGGACGAGCCGCUGUUCCAUGAUGAGCCGCUGUUGCCGCGCUCGCUGCAGGCUGCGCCAGGCCAGCAGCGUCGCGGUAUGCCGGCCGCAGCACAGCGCGACGACGAGCGCGCACCGAUACCCCCUGAGGACAGGCAGCUCGAGUGUGUGGCGGCGCAUACGUGUGCGGUGGUGCUAACAGAUGCGCUGAGGACGGACGACCGCGAUGACGCCCUGAUCGAGGCGCUGUACGAGGACGCCGCGUCGCUGCAAGCGCAGUUGCAGUCGUACGCUCGAGACGAUGCGAGCCAGGAUGCGGUGCUACGUGCGUUGACGCACCUGAACGAGGCGCUGGCGCUGCAUAACGACUAUAAAGCUUCCCAGCACGAUACCCGGCCUGGCACGCCUGAGAGUGAGCUGUCGGACGAUGGGCCCGCGCAGCCGAGUGAAAAGGCGUUGGGCAAGCGGCGCGCGAUCGACGAAGGCAAGCCGCCUCUUCCGCCCAUUCCGCCGUCUAUAGUUCGUUAG